AUGAAAAGGGUUCCUGUGAAAUCAUUGAUUCAAUUCCGGUCUGUCUGCAAAGCAUGGAAGUCUCUAAUCGACAGCUCUGAUUUUAUCGCUGGUUAUAGCGGCCAGGUGCAACAUCUACUUCUAAGCUAUGAAAAUGCAGAUAAAUUCCCGAACAAAUAUUUUUCAGUUGUUGAUGAUGAUAAUUUCCCUCAACAGAGAGAUCCGCUCACUCUUCCUCUAUUGGUUAAAAUGCUUAAAUAUUUUUCAAUAAUCGGCAGCUCUCAUGGCUUAUUGUGCUUGUAUGGUUGGUUCUUCUCUCGAACAGACAUGUUUGUUCUUUGGAAUAUUUCAAUUAGAAAAGCUGUUGCUGUUGUUGAUCAUUAUGAACCUGAUGUGGGGGCUGGGAUAUACGUAUCCGUUAUGGGUUUUGGGGUUUGUCGUGAAACUAGUGUUCCUAAGAUUGUCAAGAUUACACAUUUUAAAAGCCGUAGACACACAGAAAGCUUAAGUGCCAUUUCUUGGCAGGUAGUUGUAAAUGGGUUUCUUAAUUGGCUUGCUACUGAUACGAUGGUUAAGACUGAUGGUAGAUUUGGAUCUUAUAAUCUGAUUGUUUCAUUUGAUAUGACAAGUGAGGAAUUUAGAGAAGUAAACCUCCCACAGAGUUUAGCACACCAGCCUCGUUAUAGUUAUAAGCUGUCGAUUUCUAAGCUUAUGGAAUCACUUGUUGUGCUUGAGCACGGUGUAGAGGCCAACAAUUCAAGUUUCCGUGUAUGGAUGAUGGAGGACGGGGUUCCAAAUUCGUUUACAAAGUUAUUCACUUUUAAUGUUAACACACCACAUGCAGCAGUACUGGGAUUUAAGAAGACUGGUGAACCUAUAAUGGAAAUUAUAGAUAAUGAUCAUCAUAGACAACUUGUUGUUUAUGAGCCAUGUUCAAAACGCAUCAAUAAUCAUAAUCUAGGUUUUGAUGCAGUAAACUUUUCAUUUUUUGUGUACCCCUACAUGGACACACUACUUCUGCUUGAUCAGCGAGAUUUACUUAUAUGCGUUUUACAGCAGAGAAAACAAAAGGCUUUGGAAACAUUCAAGUAG